AUGGAGCCGCCGAUCCACCCGGAGGCUGAGAGGGCCGGCGGCAGGUCCGCGGAGAGACGGCAACCGGGGGCUGGGACGGUGACCCGAGGUCUCUGUCCGUACCCAAAGGAGAUUGAUGACACAGAGGACACAGUAUCAAAAGGUGACGGCGAUGUAGCUCUUGAAGAACAUGUACCUCCCACAUAUGUCAAGCACGUACUUUCAAAUGUUCUUUUUAAAGCGCCCUUAGGGGAGUAUGAACAGCAAAUUCCGAGCAUCGAAACAUUGGUUGCAAAACCUAGGGGAGAAGAAGGCAGGGGAGAAGAAGGCAGGGGAGAAGAAGGCAGGGGAGAAGAAGGCAGGGGAGAAGAAGGCAGGGGAGAAGAAGGCAGGGGAGAAGAAGGCAGGGGAGAAGAAGGCAGGGGAGAAGAAGGCAAGGGAGAAGAAGGCAAGGGAGAAGAAGGCAAGGGAGAAGAAGGCAAGGGAGAAGAAGGCAAGGGAGAAGAAGGCAAGGGAGAAGAAGGCAAGGGAGAAGAAGGCAAGGGAGAAGAAGGCAAGGGAGAAGAAGGCAAGGGAGAAGAAGGCAAGGGAGAAGAAGGCAAGGGAGAAGAAGGCAAGGGAGAAGAAGGCAAGGGAGAAGAAGGCAAGGGAGAAGAAGGCAAGGGAGAAGAAGGCAAGGGAGAAGAAGGCAAGGGAGAAGAAGGCAAGGGAGAAGAAGGCAAGGGAGAAGAAGGCAAGGGAGAAGAAGGCAAGGGAGAAGAAGGCAAGGGAGAAGAAGGCAAGGGAGAAGAAGGCAAGGGAGAAGAAGGCAAGGGAGAAGAAGGCAAGGGAGAAGAAGGCAAGGGAGAAGAAGGCAAGGGAGAAGAAGGCAAGGGAGAAGAAGGCAAGGGAGAAGAAGGCAAGGGAGAAGAAGGCAAGGGAGAAGAAGGCAAGGGAGAAGAAGGCAAGGGAGAAGAAGGCAAGGGAGAAGAAGGCAAGGGAGAAGAAGGCAAGGGAGAAGAAGGCAAGGGAGAAGAAGGCAAGGGAGAAGAAGGCAAGGGAGAAGAAGGCAAGGGAGAAGAAGGCAAGGGAGAAGAAGGCAAGGGAGAAGAAGGCAAGGGAGAAGAAGGCAAGGGAGAAGAAGGCAAGGGAGAAGAAGGCAAGGGAGAAGAAGGCAAGGGAGAAGAAGGCAAGGGAGAAGAAGGCAAGGGAGAAGAAGGCAAGGGAGAAGAAGGCAAGGGAGAAGAAGGCAAGGGAGAGAGUAAGGAAGACACCAGGUGGACUCCCAUGUUGAGUGAAGACAAGUGA